AGGCAGCCAGUCAAUGCGGAAACCAGCCUGAGAGGUGGAUGGUAUGUGAUGUCCUUGCCCGUUUGAUUUUGGAAUAACUUGGAUUUAAAAUCCACCCUGUAUUUGGUGGAGGUCGUUGUUUUCAUAUUACCUGAUUUAACUUUAAAAGCCCAUCCGCUAUGCCUCUUCAUAAAUACCCCCCCAAAAUCUGGGAUGCCCUGAAACUGAAGCAGGGCAUCUACGCUCGUCUCCCUAAACACUACCUCAAGUCCCUCGAGCAGAAAGAACCCACCCCUGUCCAUUGGAGGCCUCUGGGAGUCCAGUACCGAGCCAACCCAAAAACAGGGCAGAAGGAACGGGUGCAGGAUGUCCCGAUCCCCAUCUACUACCCGCCACACUCCCAGGACGGCCUGUGGGCAGGAGAGGGCUGGAUAUCAGGUUUCAGAUAUGCCAACAAUGACAAAAUGUCGACUCGUCUGAGGAAGACCUGGAAACCACAGUUGUUCAAGAGAGAGCUGUACAGCGAGAUCCUCGACCACAAGUUCACCAUCACAGUCACAGCACGCACGCUGGACCUCAUCGAUGCUGCCUAUGGUUUCGACUUUUAUAUCCUUAAAACACCAAAGGAAGACCUGAACUCCAAGCUGGGGAUGGACCUGAAGAGGGCCAUGUUGAAUCGCCUGGCGCGCAAAAACACAGAGCUUUACCCCAACGACCCUGUCAAGAGAGAGAAGGUCUACAGCAAAUACAAGCAGCAGUUUGAGAUCCCAGAGGAGGAGGCAGAGUGGUUGGGUCUGAGCCUGGAGGAGGCCGUGGAGAAACAGAGGCAACUAGAGGACAAGGAGCCCGAGCCUCUGUUUAAGGCCUGCGUGGACAAGCUGGUGGAGGAGCUGCACAUCCAAAAACUCUCGGAGCCACACCUCACAGAGAAGAAGUGACGGCCUCCACCAUCUGCGACGGAGCCAGAAGCAGCUUUUCAGACUGAAAAAUGAAGUAGGUUGAACUGUCAAGCUUCUCCAGAUGGUGGUGGAAGUCACCUAGUUUCUGAACCAUGUUCAGUACUGAUUGUACACUCGGGAGAACUUGCUGCAGUUUCAACUUGUAUUUCCAUCUGGGAGCGACACAAAAGUGGAAGUGACACAAACGACAAGGUCCUGUUGGAGUAAUGGUUAUUUAUUUCCCCUUGCUUUAAGGUCCACGCACAAGAUAUUUUAGGAAUUAAGGGAGAUGCCUUCAUCAUUGUAAAUACUCCCCUAACAGCUUUGAUAUAAUCCAUGUACGGGAUAGCUAAAAAAAAAUAAUAAAAGAUUCUCUCUUUUUUUUUUUUUUUUUCUUAAACCUUGUUUCUUCUCAUCUGUUCUCCAAUAAUUAUUUAUCCAGCUCUAAAUAUAUCCUUCACUGAGUCACUGCAUUGUUUUGGGUGUGAUGAAGCCUGUCUGAUAAGCAAAAAAGAGUUAAAGGAAUAGUUCAGCAUUUUGAGUAAUAUGCAUAUUUGCUUUCUCGCUGAGAUUUGGAUGAGAAGAUCGAUACCUCGCUCAUUUCAGUGAAUAUAAAGCUGGAGCCAGCAUAUGUUUAGCUUAGUUUAGCACAAAGACUGGAAACAAUGGGAUACACAGCAAGCAACACACACUAAUCAACAUUUCUGUCGAUGUGUUCGCCAGCUGGCUAAUUUCCACUGCAGUCCUUUAGCAAUGCUCUAAAACCAGUGACUUGACAGGCGAAGAGAUACAAACAUAUGACAAAAUGUUGAAAAGAUGACAUAGUAAGCAAAUAAGAGCAACAGGAAGUCGCAAAACAUUGAUGCAAUAAUAUAAUGGAUAACAGCCACGAUUAUGUAUUAUGUAGCCGUGCAAAGCCAUUACUAAAAUUUUAACAACCAAUAGCAUUAAUCUUAACAAAAGGUUUGUAAAAUUACUUGUAAAAUGUAAGCCACAAAGUCAUACUCAUAUCACUCAGUAAUAUAUCUGUGUAUACGUUGUUAUACUCAGCAUAGUUUACCAAAUGCAUAAAUGUUAUUCAUACUGCACAUGCACUCUAACUUUCUCUUUCUCUAACUCUGUCCACUUCUCCUCUAUUCAUUUUUAAUAUAUUAUAAUAUACUAUAUACUAUUUGUAUAUUGUAACUCCACUGUACAUAUUGUAAGAUGCAGCAUAACUGCACUGAUAUGUAUAAAAUUUGACAUUUAUGCACUUCUGCUUAGUAGCUAUAUAACUGCAUUUCAUUAGCUCUGUACCCAUAGUCUGCAUAAUUACAAAGUUUAAUCUGUCAUCAGUAAGAAAAUUUAAUACACACACAGACGAGUGAGCAAAAUAAUAUUCUGUGUGAAGGUGUCUCAUUUGGUACGCAGAGUUAAUGUGAGAGGGGCAGCGAUAUUCUUGUGUUCAGUGGUGGGAAGUAUUUUAAGUACAUUUACUUAUGUACACAUUUUGAGGUUAUUGUACUUGAGUAUGUCCAUUUUAUGCUACUUUAAAGUUAUAGAGGAUGUGGCAGUCUGUAUGUAUUUUCUGCUAUUUUAAUUUAUUUUUUCCCAUAAGUUUGGCCGAAUCUCCACUACUCUGGUUGUUGAUUAGGGAUCAUUCAGAGCACCCGCUAGACAGGGAGUGUUGCACUGACUCCUCAGCAGGGAUUGAGUGCAGCUGUGUGAUUCCACUCUGGAAAGCAUAAGAAGAGGGGCAUAUCUGCAUACCAGUGGCUCAUUCCUGAAGCAUUCUGAACCCUAUGCAAUGUGCGAAGAACUCAAUCCUUAGACAAAGCCAGCAUAAAUCUCUGUCCUUUUGGGGAGAUCCCUUUUGUUGUCUCCUUUGUUUAUUGUGGAAUAAAUAUGAGUACUUUAACCCGAAGCUCAGAGUGGACAUAAAGCCCAAAGCCCCUAAAGCAGCCCUUGUGAAAUAUAAGUGCACAAUUACCUGCUGCCUGCAAGUCCUAUUUGGUUUGUUUCAUUUAAAUCCCCUUUCCCCAUUCAUGCUUUUGUUACUUAUUUGAAGAGGCAUUUUUUUCCAUUAAAAUACUUGUUAAACCUUU